CAUUUACGCAAAGAGUGCUUUAUGGCGAGAUCCCGUGUGCGGCACCAGCACCGAAAAGUCUCUCUCCUUUUUCUCCGCGCCAUCAGGAAUUAAGAACUCCCGUUUUCGUCGCCAAUACUUACAUAAAUGACGAUAUGUAUCCAUUGAUAAUUGUAUCGAAACACUGUUGCAGCUGCCAAAUGCAAAUAAUGCUCAAUUAACCACCCGGAUACUUGAUAGCAGCCUGGUGUUGAAUUCCCGAUUUCAGGAAUAAAUGGCUACAAUCUCACUAGCAGAUAUUGCCUUCCAGACCCAUCCACACCACCUUUUUGUUUCCUCAGGCAUUGGUGGAUCUAAAUCGUAUGUCAGUCCCAAGAAAUACACACUAAACUGUAGAAAGCACUUCAAUAGUAAAAGAAAAUGCUUACACAAAAGUCACCGCCUGUUUAAAUCAAGUAACUUUAUGUGCUGCACUGUGGAAAUAGCAAUAUCAGAAGAUUCAAUAACUGUUGAUAAUGGUGGAAGAUUAGCCCUUGUGGUUGAUGAUGAUUCUCAGAAAUCAAAAUUACUCAGUGAUGGACCACGUAGAGAAAUACCAGACUGGAUGGCACGAAGGAUAGGUUCUGUUCGUCCUAAGUUUCCUCCUAAAAAGAUCGACAUUUCUGAAGCCAACACAUCAAAAUUCAAGUCUUUGGAAUUGCCUAAUCCUUCUGAAGUAUGGUCAAUUGCAAAAGCAAAGCCAAAAGAUGGGGACACAUUAAUUGAACAUGUAAUUGAGAAAGAGUUAAUUGAAAAGAAACGGAAGGCUCUAGAACGUGCUCUGCAACGAAAAACCAUUCAAUGGCAGAAGACCCCAGAAGAAAUAAAACUAGAGCCAGGAACUGGCACAGGACGUGAGAUAGUGUUUCAAGGUUUUAAUUGGGAAAGUUGUAGAAAAAAGUGGUACAUGGAUCUGGCUCCAAAGGCUGCAGAUUUAUCUCGCUGUGGUAUAACAGCAGUGUGGUUACCUCCUCCAACCGAAUCUGUUGCUCCACAAGGGUACAUGCCUUCUGAUCUAUACAACUUGAACUCAGCAUACGGGACACAGGAGGAGCUGAAGCAUUGCAUAGAGGAGAUGCACAAUCACCAUCUUCUGGCGUUGGGAGAUGUUGUACUAAAUCAUAGAUGUGCUCAUAAACAGAGUGAAAAUGGAGUAUGGAAUAUUUUUGGCGGGAAACUUCCCUGGGGACCUGAAGCAAUUGUUUGUGAUGAUCCAAAUUUUCAGGGUCGUGGAAAUCCUUCAAGUGGUGACAUAUUUCAUGCAGCACCAAAUAUUGAUCAUUCCCAGGAUUUUGUACGAAAUGAUGUAAAACAGUGGCUGAACUGGCUUCGGAACAAUAUUGGUUAUGAUGGGUGGCGCCUUGACUUUGUGAGGGGUUUCUCAGGUGGAUAUGUUAAAGAAUACAUUGAAGCUUCAAAUCCUGCAUUUGCCAUUGGGGAGUAUUGGGAUAGUAUGGCUUAUGAAGGUGGUAAUCUGUGCUACAACCAAGAUGCACAUCGUCAACGUGUAAUUAACUGGAUCAAUGCCACUGGAGGUACCUCAUCUGCAUUUGAUGUCACAACAAAGGGAAUACUUCAUUCGGCAUUGCAUAAUGAAUAUUGGAGAUUAAUAGAUCCUGCUGGAAAGCCACCAGGAGUCAUGGGAUGGUGGCCCUCACGUGCUGUCACUUUCUUGGAAAAUCAUGAUACCGGCUCAACACAGGGACAUUGGCCAUUUCCACGAGAUAAACUUAUGCAAGGAUAUGCUUACAUCUUAACCCAUCCGGGGACUCCUGUGGUGUUUUAUGACCAUUUUUAUGAUUUUGGGAUCCAUGAUGUGAUAACGGAGCUAAUUGAGGCUAGGAAACGAGCAGGGGUCCACUGCAGGAGUGUUGUCAAGAUUUAUCAUGCAAAUAGCGAUGGGUAUGUGGCCCAGAUAGGGGACACCUUGGUCAUCAAACUUGGUCACUUUGAUUGGAAUCCUUCAAAACAAAUUGAUCUUCAUGGGACUUGGCAAAAGUUCCUGGAUAAACCCUCAGAUUACCAGAUUUGGUUCAGAAUCUAGUACACUACUUCUUUUAUAAUUUCGAUAUUCCAGGAAAUUACAACUAAUAACUAAAUCGAACAUUCACUAAUAUUUACUUCUUAUCUUAAUUAAUAUUCAUUCGUCUAAACAAGUGC